CUCAUACACUCGGUGUUCGCUGACAGUGCAGGAUUAAAGAAGGCAGCAGAGAGGACUCAUUGACAGAACUGAACGACCGGAUCUAUCAACAUGACAAAGGUAUACAAGAAGACCAGCGGCAACGGAGAUAUUGCCCUGUACUUGGGGAAAAGAGACUUUACGGACCAUGUGGCAUCAGUGGAUAUAGUUGAUGGUGUUAUUAAAGUGGACCCUGCUAAUCUUAAUGGCAAAAAAGUAUUUGUCUACCUUGCUUGUGCCUUCCGCUAUGGAAGUGAGGAUUUGGAUGUUAUUGGGCUGUCCUUCAGGAGAGACAUCUGGAUCCAGCGUGUUCAGUUGUAUCCUGCCACAGGUGGAAGCCCAACCCUGACACCAAUGCAGGAAUGCCUCAUGAAGAAAGUUGGGGAACAAGGAUAUCCCUUCUCCUUCCAGAUGCCAACAGAUCUCCCCUGCUCAGUCUCCCUACAGCCUGGGCCAAAUGAUACAGGCAAGGCCUGUGGUGUGGACUUUGAGGUUAAAGGAUAUAUUGCAGAGAAAGCCGACCCUGCAGAUGAACCACCCAAGAAGGACACUUGUCGUCUGAUGAUUCGCAAAAUACAAUUUGCACCAAUUAGCAACAAGCCCGGACCCAAGGCUGAUAUAUCCAAACAGUUUAUGCUGAGUGACAAACCUGUGAACCUGGAGGCCUCCCUUGAAAAAGAGAUUUAUUACCAUGGAGAAUCAAUCACUGUCAGUGUGAAAAUCAACAACCAAACUACUAAGGUUGUGAAGAAAAUCCAAAUCUCAGUUGAGCAGCUAACAAAUGUGGUGCUCUACUCAUCUGACACUUACACCAAGGCAGUGUCCACUGAGGAGUUUGGGGAGACAGUUGAAUCCAAUGGUACAUUGGAGAAGUCCUUCCAAAUAACCCCCCUGCUGGCCAACAGCGUUGAGAAGAGAGGUCUUUCAGUUGACGGACGGCUAAAAGACGGCGACACCAACUUAGCAUCCACAACCCUGAGUCAAGGAGAAAAGGAAAUGCAGGGAAUCCUCGUCUCCUACAAAGUCAAAGUCAACCUAAUGGUGGCUGGCGGAGGCCUGCUCGGUGGACUUACAGGAAGCGAUGUCACAGUGGAGCUUCCUCUGACUCUGAUGUCCCCCAAACCCGCAGAAGUGGUCGACAUCUCAAUCGAAGCCAUGGAGGAUUGAGAUGACCAUCGAAGGAAAAUCACCUCUCUGACAAAAACUCAGAACACAAAAGAACUCAGUACCAGUAAAAAAAAGAAGCACAAAGUGUCAUUAAGUCACUAAAUGUUCUUAUUUCACAUGUUCAUAUACAGUUUUAUUAGGCAUCACCGUGAGAGCACCACAAGAGUUACUGAAAAAUAGUCUAAACUCUAUGGGACAUUUACAUGAAUUCCAUUAAAGCAAUAAUUAGAUACAAUAAUAUUUUCUUGUGUAAGGAAAUUAACAUUAGAGUAGACUCUUCUUUCUGUGUGUUAAGAUUGACAACCCUUCAAUUAAUGUUUAUUGCGUUGUGUGUGAAAUUACCAAAAUACUCCUACUUGUGUCAUUCUUUUUGGACAAGAACAGGUGAUAAAUACAUUGUUUCCCCAAUUAUUGAAUUAUGUUUGUUUAUAAACUCCCAAAAUACUCCUACUUGUGUCAUUCUUUAUUGGUCAAGAAAAGGAAAU